CUUCGUAUAUGUACGUACGUGCAAAUGUUAUAUGUUGUAACGUAUUUACACUGAGUAAAAAGCAAGUUUUAAAUAUUGUUUACAUUUAAGAUAAUAAAGUCAAAGUAUUUCUUUUAUUUAUGUAAAUAAGACUAACAAAUGUUUCGUUCAAAGGUAUCUUCUCUUUUACGAAAUAUCACAAGUAAAAAUUCAUUUAACAAUGGACGUACCAAUUUAUUACAAUGUUCGUUGCUUUCAACAGAGCAAUCAUUGGUCAGUACAUCUAAUACCGAAGAGCCUCCUGAUAAAUUGUACUCAAAGAUAGAAGUUGAAGUUAGGGGAAAUGACCGUGCUGUUUUAAAGAGUUACGGAAUAUUUACUACUGCAGCAGCAGAACAUUUAAAUAUUACUAUGGGUAGAAAUGUUGCACCGUACAAAGCUAUUCAUGAAAGGCUAACAGUACUAAAAUCUGUUCAUGUUCACAAAAAACAUCGUGUCCAGUAUGAAAGGAGGACAUAUUAUAGAUAUCUUGAUUUUUUUAAUCUGACUGGUUCAACAGCAGAUACUUUUCUAGAGUAUAUACAAAGGAAUCUUCCGGAAGGAGUGGCAAUGAAAGUUACAAAGGGCGGCCAUUGUAAAAUUAUCACGGUGGCUGUUGGAGAGUAGCGUCCCCACGUACCCGAAACGCUGGCGUAAACCAGUUGCAUGGAUUGCAAGAUUACGUAAGUGAAAAUGUUGAUGGUGACACAAAGGUCCUAGCAUGGCUCAAUUCAGACGUUCAUUAACAUUUAUAUACGUCUACGAAUAAUCCCUUCCGCACGCCAUAACAGAGAGAACAAGAUUUGUUCACAAAAGUAUAACUGCGAGUCAAACUGUUAACAAAUGAAACUUCUACUUUGGAUUCACAUUUACGGAAUAAUACUACAAGAAAUGAAAGAUACAAAUCUGGAGAAUACCUCAGAAACUAGUAAACGUGAGUGUGAGUUGAUAUUGUAACUACAUACCAAAGGAAAAUCUUAUCAAGGAAUUGUGGAACAUGUAAAUAAAAGCAAGUCGAUCACAGAAUUUAAAUGUGAGUUGAUAAUGUAACUACAUACCAAAGGAAAAUCUUAUCAAGGAAUUGUGGAACAUGUAAAUAAAAGCAAGUCGAUCACAGAAUUUAAAUUAAAAAAUACGGAACAUCACGAAUAAUGUUCCUACCAGACUAUGAACAAAAUUAACUUUCAGAGAAGAAAAGAACAGUUAAAAACUGGAGAAUCGUAACACUAUUCAGACCGGAGGUCAAUGGCAAGGAUCGAGCAACAAUACCUGAUUCCUGAUUCGUACGCGUACAAUACAAACAAAACACACUACUGUCGAGGGACAACUCUAAGGUAGAUCCACUAAUCACAAGACAAACAAGAGUAAUAACAGCGCUCGGAUCGUCUAGAAGGAAGUGGGAUUAGCGUUCCGAUGAAGAAGAAGAAGGGGCACGAGAAAAAAAUACGUACCAGAUGAAAAGCAGAAUUGAGCAUUUCUUCUGUGAAUGAGAGAUGGAUCUAGAUGUG